AUGUUGCCCCCACUGAUUGUGGAGGAAGAGCGGUGGGGCAGAUAUCUGAAACUCUUGCCAAACUCUUUGGACUGUCACACCUACGCUGUAGCUUUCUGUAAGCAUCGCGCAACGUGGACUACUUUGUCGAGCGUACCAGAACAUGUCAAAGGUGGUCCUGAAGAUCUGCAAGAAUACUACCUUUUCCAUAUGAAGCAGCACGGCCGAUUCAGUGGAGACCUCGCUGAAGACAUCCUGCGCUGCGAGGCGGUGCAGAGGGCAGCAACCAAGGGAUACAUGGGGUUGAAGAGGGUCAAGAGGAUUCCGCAGCCCAAGGGGCAUAGGGCAUUGCGGGUAGUCUUUGAGGGCGAGGACCAAGACUACCUCAAUGAGCAUCUCUUUGUGCGCCAGCAUGGUAAGAAGCAAUCUAGCGGAAUGUGAGUGCGCUGCCCAAGUGCUGCUGCUCGAGUGCGGUGCUUGGGUGCCGUGCUCUCUUCGCUACCAAUGCUCGCCGUCGCAUGUACACAAUUGCUCCAUUCCACCGUCUCGACUCUCUUUCAAGUGCAGACACCCGUGAAUCCAUGACAUCAAGUUGAGCGCCGCACGCAUCAAAAGAGCCGUUGUACAGUCACGUUGCACGCAUGCUCACAUUACCAUAUAGGAGAGUUGCGUACAGCAGGCAAGCGCAAAGGUUUGAAAGCUGCACUGGCCAAAUGAUUGAUGCAACCAACAAACUAAAUGCGCAGGCAGAGCUUCAAGACAAUGGUGACUGCAAUUGCACCUCCCAGAGCAAGCCUUCAUGGCAAGGGUGAGGCUCAACUUGCGGGGAGCUGGCAUUGCGUGUUGAGCGGGGUGCAGGCGUGCCCUUACCUGCUGGCCAUCAUUCUUCAAUGCACCAAAUGACAAUGUGGUCACAGUGAGUGGAUGCACUCACACAGCCUAUAUAUAUGGGCCAAUAUUUUACAGGGUAAAAGCAAUUUUGCCCCGCCAAAAAACGCGUCUGGAUGUCUGCGGAGCUCAUAGCACCGUUCUCACCGUGGCUUUGACGGGCACCAAGCGAGACUCGACUCAAGCCCAGCAACAAGAUUUGGCGGUCAGCACCACCCUCACCAUUGCUCUUGAGGCCGCCAAGCAAGACGCUGCAGAACUACAGUGACUGCGCAACAAGGAGUACAAAGCAGCGUUCAUGGUGCAACUGCCUCUUUGGUCCAUGCUGCCUUCUCCUGACCUUCAGCACAUGCACUUUGUGCACCUGUUGGGCAUCCUGGGCGAUGAAAACAUCACCUUGGCCAAUGGCUACAAGGCUUGUCAAGAUGCCUGGGCAACAGCAACAACAGUGCCUGAAGCUGUGAUGCUCAACCACAGAACAGAGCUUCAAGGGACUUUCAUUGAGCAUGUCCUGCAGCACCAAACAGACUGGUCUUCUGAACCAUUUGCCUCGCAGUUCACCCUCUGCAAAUCCCUUCAGCAAGCAACAACAGCGGGUUACUAG